AUGUCGUGGCACCAGUGUCAUUGCGACUUGUACCGUCCGUUCUUGACCGACUACCCCGAACUUGGACCGCAUGCGGCUCUCAAUGGAAUGUCUGAGCCUGACAGAGUCCUAAUGAGAGAUAAAUGCUUGGGGCACGCUGAGCAGAUCGUGCGCGUACUCACGGAUUUUAUCCAUCAUAAGCAAGAGCAACACUUACUCGAACACGAUGCGGCAGUCUGCGCUUAUCACGCCGCUCGACUGGUACUGUUCGGUACCUACAAUGCUUCUCGUGAAUCGGAUUUCCCGAUGCGAAUGGCCAUGAACAAGGCACAAAUGUGCCUUGAUGUCAUAAAGCGAUACUUUAGCUUCUCCGCUCAGCUCGAGUCGAUGCGAAAAGCUCUCGAGGCAGCGAUUGACCAACACAAAACUCGCUGGAAGCCCAACGGUCCCGUAGAAGGAACACCAAGGGAUCCUGAUCCAGACCCUCCCAACAUCUCCAGAGACGCGCACAAUCGGCAGAGGCUCGCGAUUCACAGCCUACUCCGCCAGUCAGAUUUCGUCGACGAUAGCCGCGAAGCUGCGCUCGAAUCAUCAACUCAGGCUGGGCCAACUGCUACACUGCCUGUAGCCGCGGAAUCUGCCGCCACUACAAACAUCUCACAACGAGUCGAUUGGAACGUCCAAGAUACAAUAUACCCGCCCUGGAACUUCAUGCCCAACGAUCCAAACUCAUUAUACGGGUUUCCUUUCGGAACCGGUAUGCUUGAUUUUGGGGGGAGCAUGGCACAAGGCACCGAUGAGUUAGGGAAUCUUAUUGGGAGUCUCGAUGAGCACCUCGAUUUCAGCUUUACGCUGGACGGACACACAGACGGUCUCAUGAGCGCCGCGUUCAGCCCCGACGGAACGUACAUCGCAACUGCUGCAUGGGACGGCAAAAGCAAGGUCAUCCAGAAGUGGGAGUUGGACGAGGCGGGUCAGCGCAACGUUGAGGUCGCAGAUGCUACAUGGUCAGAGAGCGGAAGGCGGAUCGCAUAUCACUGCCAGCCUGCGUCGGAGGCGUAA